AUGUGUGGCGUUUUACAUGCAUCAGCCGAUCUUUUGUUUUGUAAGAACCAAACGUUUUUCGAUUAUGUACGUAAUAUAACGAGUGAUAUUGUUGUUGAUAUAUUACAAUUACAAGAGAUAAACUCCACUCAGAUAUUAUUGUGUGUCGAAAAUGCGCUAGACAUAUUGUAUCUUGAUUGUGAUGAAUUAGCCCAUUUGAAAAAACGUGCAGGAUUUACCUUGAACAACGGAGAUUACAUUAUUAGACCGGGAGUGAAAGAGAGUUUUGAUUUUUUGAUCAAUUCGUUGAAAUUGAAGGCUAAUGAAGAUAAACAUGGAAUUCAAUCAAAUAUUAAUACUGGAAAUGGUGCUUCAUUGGAACAAAUAGUUGAUGCACUUAAUAAUGAACACAAUACAUUCAUGAAAGCGUUCAUUGAGAAUAUUGCUAAUAAUUUAAAAAAAACAAAAAAUAAUUAUCAAUAUAAUAAGUAUGUUAAACGUUUUGCACUAUCAUUGUACAUAUUGGCAGGCCGAAACGCGUAUGAGUUUGUACGAAUUAAUUUAACUGAUGCCAUACCAUCAAUAGCAACUGUAGAAUCAUAUAUGAAAUGCAUCAAUGUUCAAAUAACUGAAUGCGAAUUUAGAUUCAAAUCGUUAAAACAUCAUUUAGAUAGAAUUAAUUCUGCUCAUGAAUUUUGUGCUGAAGACUGUACGAGUGUGGUGAAAAAAAAAGUUAUGACCGUAUCUCAAAUUCGUUUAUUGGAUUUUGCACACCGCUCAACAAUGGAGUACCACAACCAAUUUAUUACCAAACAGAUAAUUUCUAUACAUUAG